AUGGCUCCUAUUGAUGAGGCGAUUGCAGAAUUAAACUCCCUGAAGCUUGAAGAUAGACCUACACUUACUUUUAUUGCGAAAAAGUAUGGAAUUCAUAGGUCAACGCUAUCAAGAAGAUUCCGCGGCGUUCAGCAUUCCAAAGAUGAGCAAUACCAGGAGCAACGAUUGCUUAAUGAUCGGCAAGUGAAAGUGCUUAUUUCUCAUAUCAAUCGAUUGAGCGAAAAAGGCCUUUAUAUAUCAUUUGAAAUGCUGCGAAAUCUAGCUCACGAGAUCUCUGGUAAUCGUCCUGGAAAACAGUGGCCGAGCCGCUUUAUAAAGCGAUAUAGUGAUGAUCUUAUUUCUCGCUACACAACUGGGAUCGAUUCCUCUCGAAAAAAGGCUGAUUCUGCGCUGAAUUACGCAUUAUAUUUUGAACUUUUGACUCGCAAGAUUUCGGAAUACGAUAUACAGCAGGAAGAUAUCUAUAAUAUGGAUGAGAAAGGCUUCCUAAUCGGAAUGCUCAGUAAAGCGAAGAGAAUCUUCUCUAAGCCAUUAUACGAGAAGAAUGGAAUGAAGCAACGGCUUCAGGAUGGAAAUCGAGAAUGGAUUACAACGCUCGCCUGUAUCUGCGCGGAUGGGACCUCGCUAUCUCCGGGUCUUAUAUACCAAGCUGCCUCUUCAAAACUUCAAGAUUCCUGGCUGCAGGACUUCGAUCAUUCUCUUCAUCCUUGCUUCUUUGCAUCCUCGCCUUCAGGAUGGACGAAUGACGAGCUAGGAUACGCGUGGCUGCGAGAUGUAUUCGAUCGAGAGACAAAAGCGAAGGCGAGGCGGCGUUGGAGGCUUCUCAUUCUUGACGGCCACGGAUCUCAUGUCAAUAUGAAGUUUUUCGAAUACUGUAAGGCAAAUAAGAUCCUUCUAAUGACUUAUCCGCCUCAUUCUACGCAUUCGCUCCAGCCACUUGACGUUGGAAUCUUCGGGCCUCUCUCUACAGCGUAUAGCGAGAGAUUAGAACGAUUUCUGCAUGAAUCUCAAGGUCUUUGUCAUAUCACAAAAAGAGACUUUUUUCGCCUCUUUUGGCCGUCAUGGGAGAGCGCUUUAUCUGCUGAGAAUAUCGCUUCUUCGUGGAAAUCGGUAGGUGUUUGGCCGUUGAAUCCUGAUAUCGUCCUAUCGCGAUUUAAUCGGAAUGACGAUAAUCGGCCUUCAUCUAGUGAGUCAUCUCGCUCAGUGCUUGGCGCAGAGGAUUGGAGGAAGAUUGAGAGGCUUCUUAAGCACGCAGUUGUUGACUUAUACGAUCAAAAGGCCAAAAAAUUAAGUUCUACGAUGCAUUGUCUGUCUACAGAGAAUGUCCUCUUAAAACUACGCUGCCAGGGCCUUGAAGAGGCCCUUCUUCAAGAGAAAAAGAAGCGUCAGCGAGGAAAGCCUCUUUUAUCUGAAUUACGGGCCCCUGAGGACGGCUACGCGGUGUUUUACUCUCCUAAGAAGAUUCAGCAAGCUCGUGACCUUCAAGCAGAAAGAGAUGAGGCUAUACAGCUCGCCAAAGCUUCAAAAGAAGAGGAAAAGCUUCGUAAACAGCAAGAGAAGCAAGAUCAAAGGCUUUUGAUUGAAGAACGUAAACGAAUCCGCGCUUUAAAUCGAGAAACGCGGGUUCGUGAGGCAGAGGCAAAAAAGCAGAAAAAGCGGGAUGAUCAGCUCGCUAAGCAAGCUGAUAUACAGCUUCAAAAUGACAUCAAUAUCGCUCAAACAGGCAAGAAUAAGGUCCCUACAACCCCAAAAGGAAAGAAAUCGAGUGGUAGAGCUGCUGCAGAACCUGAAGUUGUUGAUGAGCCCCCCCCCAACGCUUAA